GCACUCUAAAAUGAUCACAGCAAGUUGUAAUUCAAUCACCUAAUUUUGAGAAUUUGUGAGGAUUGUGAAAAUUUAGAAAGAUGUCGGCAACUGGAAAAGUGGAGAGCUCCGCCGUGGAGCAGCCGCCGGCAAAGGCUCCCAAGGCUGAGGAUCAGCCUCCGGCAACGAAGAAGUCUGUUAAGGAGAAGAAACCUAGAGCACCGAGAGAGAAAAAGCCUAAAUCUGCCAAAACUGUUACUCAUCCUCCCUACUUUCAGAUGAUUAAAGAGGCUUUGUUGGCUCUCAACGAGAAAGGUGGAUCAAGUCCUUAUGCAAUUGCAAAAUACAUGGAGGACAAACACAAGGACGAAUUACCAGCGAAUUUCAGGAAAAUUCUCGGUCUUCAAUUGAAGAAUUCUGCAGCAAAGGGUAAGCUUAUGAAAAUCAAGGCUUCGUACAAGCUAUCCGUGGCUGGGAAAAAGGAGAGAACAACAGCCUCUACCAAAAAGGUUCCAAAGGCUGAUACUAAGAAGAAACCUAGAAGCACAAGGUCCACCACCGCUACAGCGAAGAAAACAGAGGUGACAAAGAAAGCAAAACCGACGCAGAAGCCGAAAAAGGUUGGAGCCAAGAAGAUAAGGAAGUCUACUCCGGCGAAGGCAAAGCAGCCCAAGUCUAUUAAGUCCCCUGCUGCUAAAAGGGCUAAGAAGGUUGCAGCUUAAGUAUGGUGGCUCGCUAAUAUAGAGUAGAUAAUAGGAGUAAUAAGCGUUUGUUUUGUUAGGUUUGUGAAUAAUGAAAAUGAAGUUUCUACUUUGUGUCUGUGAUGUUGUGUAGUGUAGAUAGGAUCUAGAUCUCUACUUGGGCUGCAUAAGUUUCUACAUUAACCGUUAUGUACCUGUGCAAAUUAACGUGGUGUUCGUGUUAAUAUUCAGCUUCUCUUUUUCAACAA